UGUCAAUACAGUCAUUCGAUGAAUAAGUUGCCAAUUGAGAUUGCUGAAUACGUAGUAGACGUGACGUUUGAUAUCUGCACACUUGAACGAGCAAGUCAUCUGGACUUUCAGCCGAUCCCAUUCGAUGUUGUCAUUAUGCGUCGAGAUAAAUCACCGUUUGGUUAUUCCGCCUCUGUCUUCCAUCCAGUUGCCCAACAGUGAGAAUCGCAGCACUUUUCAAUCCCAGCAAACAAACCAAUCCAAUUCACAAUCUUAUCAACGGCGUAGAAACAUAACACAUUCCCCAAAUCCUCGACGGGAAUAAAACGAGUUGCAGUGGGCAUGUCCACGAGGACGACAAUAUCAAGAACCCUCAAGUUCAGAACCACCCAAAUCUUACCAUUCACACCGUCACCACAUCAACCCCACCUUCCAACGAAUCAUCAAUCCCUCACCAUGUCCACCACACCCCUAACCUUAGCCCUCUCCAACGACCUGACUCUCCCGGGGUCCCCCACAACCACCACUCCCCGUCUCGUCUACGGCACUGCCUGGAAGAAAGACCAAACCGCGGACCUCGUCUACCAGGCCCUGAAAACCGGCUUUCGAGGCAUCGACACCGCCGCCCAGCCGCGCCACUACCAAGAACACCUCGUCGGCGACGGCCUGCGCCGCGCCAUAUCCGAGGGUAUCAUCACCCGCAAAUGCGUCUUCUUGCAGACCAAGUUCACCUCAACUUCCGGGCAGGACCUGGACAACCUACCUUACGACCCUUCCGCGCCUUUAGAAGAGCAGGUGCACGCUUCUGUCGCUUCUUCGCUGCAGAAUCUCGCUACGGGAGGGGAUGGUAAGGCUGAGGGAGAGGAAGGGACAUAUCUAGACAGCCUAGUCCUCCACUCCCCCCUCCACCACCGCGAAGACACCCUGCGCGUCUGGCAAGCGCUCAGCACCUACGUCCCUCACGCGAUCCGCCACCUCGGCAUCGCCAACACCCCCCUCCCGACGCUCGAGAUGCUGUUCUCGCACCCGGAUGUCGCCGUCAAACCCGCCGUGGUCCAGAACCGGUUCUACCGGGACACGGGGUACGAGUCAGCCCUGCGGCGGUUCUGUCGGGCCAAGGGGGUCGUGUUCCAGAGCUUCUGGACGUUGACGGGGAACCCUGCUUUGGUCAAGAGCGGUGUGGUGGCGGAGCUGGCGAGGAGUGCGGGCGUGGGGAGAGAGGUAGCGUACUAUUCGCUUGUGUUGGGGUUGGAGGGGGUGACGAUCUUGGAUGGGACAACGAAGGAGGAGCAUAUGCGGGAGGAUCUCGAGGGGAUUGAGAAGGUAGAGAUUUGGGCUCAGGGGGACGGAAAAGAAGCUUGGAAGAGGGCAUUGGCGGAUUUCAAGGCUGUAAUAGGGGAAGUAGAGUGAAUACAGUGGUAAUGGUAGUAAGCAAUAAGUCAUAAAGCGACGGGAGACAACAAGUGCAUAA